AUGAGCAGGCUGCACCGCGCGGCUGCCCGCGGCGACCUGGCCUGGCUGAGGCGCUGGCGCUGGGGGCUGAGGGUGCUGGGCAUCGACAGCCGCGACCAGGAGAAGCGCUGGCAUCACCCCCCUGAGGGCUUGUGGGGGCUCCUGUUGAAGGGGGUUGCUUGGAAAGCAAGACUUUCCCUGUCAGCUGGGAGGGGAAACUGGAGAGCUUUCCAUUGCUGGCAGCUGCUGGGUGGGCUCAGGACCCCUCUGCAUCUCGCCUGUGCCAACGGCCAUGCGGAUGUGGUGAGAUUCCUAGUGAGACAGGACUGCCAGGUGGACCUGUGUGACAACUGGAGGAGAUCGCCCCUGAUGAAGGCAGUGCAGAGCCAGCAGGAAGAGUGUGUGGCUGUUCUGCUGGAGCAUGGGGCUAACCCAGAUCUGCAGGAUGCUGACGGCAACACCGCCCUCCACCUGGCUGUCCUGUCUCAUAAUGUAGACAUGGUGUUGCUGUUACUGGAGCAUGAUGCUGAUAUUGAUGCAGAGAAUAAGGAGGGAUGUACCCCGCUGAUCCUGGCUGUCUCUGAACAUCACAAAGAGAUGGCAGAGGUUCUCCUGAAAAUAGGAGCUGAUGUGCAGGCUCGAGAUCUGAGUGAAAGAACCCCACUUAUGAUUGCUGCCUCUGGUGGGCAGCUUGAUUUGGUGAGAGUUCUUGAGUUCGGGGCUGAUGUUUCCCAGAAAGACGCUGCUGGGCGCACAGCUGGGGAUGAUGCUGUUCUGCAGGGAUACUCCAGUCUUGGGAAACAACUGGCAGAAGAUGCAGAGCAGAAGAGCACAGGAGAAGCUUCUGUGCGUGGUGGCCAGGGCUGCACAGCACCUGGCACUCUUCACUGGGCAGAACCUGCUGGCUUCAUGUUGGGGGCACCUGCUGUGGACAGAGGAGCAACAGAUGACUGGUCCGAAGGAGGCUCAAUCAGAAGCUCUGAGGAAGAGGGGAAUGAUGACAGUUGGAGUAGUUCCGAAGAAGAGCUGGAUUUUAGCCCCAAGAAGCAGCAGAAGCCAAACUUGAGACUGUUAAUGGAUGCUUUCCAGCAGCGCAGGACACACAGUGAUGGCUCUAGAAUGGAAAGUCCGAAAUCACCGAAGAAAAGCCUCCAAGAAAGAACUGGGGGAUCACUUCAUGGUGGCAGCCCAGAAGCCCAGAAGACAACUUCACAUGACAACACUGCUGAGCACUCAGGAUCUACCUGUCACACAUCAGCACCAGCUGAAGAAAAAGACAUCAGUGAAGCUGUGGAGAACUCUGGGGUGCAGGGCAUGGUGCUUGCUGGUGCUCUUGAAAAACAAUCCAAGUCAGAAGCUUUGCUGGAGGAGACCAAGUGCUGCUGCAGGGAGCUGAGGAAAAGGAAUCUGGGCUUGCAAGAGGAAUUGGAAGAGGUUAAAAGCAAGGUGCAGGACUUGGUAGACUGGCAUCGGCAGUCUGUGUGUUGUGUUGGUGGUCUGAGGGUUGCCUGGGAUGAGGAGGAAAGAGAGCUAAGAGCUUCUUUCCAGAAACUGCAAGACCUGCUGCUGGCAUCUUCUGGAACAGACGGAAUAAUAAAAGAGCUGGAAGAACAAGUGCAACGCCUUCAGAUGGAAAAUGCCAGGUUAGAGGCCAUAGUCCAGCAGCAGAGCAAUAGGAUUGAAGGCCUCUGGAGAGACCUGCAAGCCUCUGCCUGGGUGGAUCAGCUUUCUCAGCCUCUGCAGACAGAAUCCAAGAAAGACAUGGGGACAGAAGCAGAAGCUGGGGUGUCACAAGAAGAGUUCUCCAGCAAGUGUGGAAACCAGGAACAGCUGGAGAAGAGUGAACAGCAGCUGCAAGAAGAGGAGAAGCUGCUGGCUGCGAGCCCAGUUCAGCGUCCAAGUGAACCGGGCAGGCCUGGCACCCAUGAGGCACUGAACAGAAAGCCAAGUUCAGGGAGAAGCUUCCAGAUAAAUGGCAGGGUCUACACCUGUGCUGCUAAGGACUAUCCGUUUUUUCAGCGCCUGAAGAAAAGGUCGAAGAAAGUCAGGUGCACAGAAGCAGAAACUGGGGAGUCACGGAAAGAGUUACCCAGCAAGUGUGGGAGCCAGCAAGAGCUGGAGAAGAGCCAGCAGCAGCUGCAAGAAGAGGAGAAGCUGCUGGCUGCGAGCCCAGUUCAGCGUUCAAGUGAACCGGGCAGGCCUGGCACCCAUGAGGCACUGAACAGAAAGCCAAGUUCAGGGAGAAGCUUCCAGAUAAAUGGCAGGGUCUACACCUGUGCUGCUAAGGACUAUCCGCUUUUUCAGCGCCUGAAGAAAAGGUCGAAGAAAGUCAGGUGCACAGAAGCAGAAACUGGGGAGUCACGGAAAGAGUUACCCAGCAAGUGUGGGAGCCAGCAAGAGCUGGAGAAGAGCCAGCAGCAGCUGCAAGAAGAGGAGAAGCUGCUGGCUGCGAGCCCAGUUCAGCGUCCAAGUGAACCGGGCAGGCCUGGCACCCAUGAGGCACUGAACAGAAAGCCAAGUUCAGGGAGAAGCUUCCAGAUAAAUGGCAGGGUCUACACCUGUGCUGCUAAGGACUAUCCGUUUUUUCAGCGCCUGAAGAAAAGGUCGAAGAAAGUCAGGUGCACAGAAGCAGAAACUGGGGAGUCACGGAAAGAGUUACCCAGCAAGUGUGGGAGCCAGCAAGAGCUGGAGAAGAGCCAGCAGCAGCUGCAAGAAGAGUUCUAGGUUGUGCAGGAUGAAGUAUUCUCUGAAGACCUUGACUGAGCCUUGACUGUGAAAACUUC